AACCCACCACGAGGCAAGCUCAACAAUUCCCACUGUAAGUCUCUCUCCUAGCUCAAUUGGCAUUUCUUUCUUUAGCAAAAUGCUUUGCUUCAAUACAUAGAUUGAUCAUGAAAAGUUCACUAUUAUAGUUUUAGAAGCAAAGGCUUGAUUUGUUUUUGGUUAGGACGUCAAUUUGCUAUUGAGUACCUCACGUUUCAAGGAUGAAACAGACUUGCUCUAAGAUGCUAUAUUGAGCACUUGAGCAAUUAUCUAUAUCGAUUCUGUUUCUCUUCUCUUGUUGAAGAAGAAAUAUUCAUGGUACCAAAUAGAAAGUAGAGUAAUAUAUAUUAGCAGCUAGGAAGCUAUUAGAACAAUAAUGGAAUCAUUCAGGCAAGCAACUGGGUUCCGGUACGACCUGGAUACGAACACAUUAGGUGGUGAUGAUGAAGACUUUUCAGGGAUUCUUGAGAUCUUUGCUCAUCAUGCUAGGAACCUUCACAACAUAUGUAUUUAUGAAAACCAAGAUGUCUAUGCAAAGUUCUCUCUUACUUACAAUCCAGAUGAGACCCUCUCAACUAGGAUCAUCAAUGGAGGUGGAAAGAAUCCAGAGUUCAAUGAAAACUUGAGGAUGAAAAUCACUCAAAUUGAUGCUGUUUUAAAAUGUGAGAUAUGGAUGCUUAGCAGGGCCAGAAACUUUAUGGAAGACCAGCUCCUGGGAUUCACUUUGGUCCCAAUUUCUGAAGUCAUUGGGAAAGGAAAGCAGACUCGAGAUUAUAGUCUUUCUUCCACUGACCUCUUCCAUUCCCCAGCUGGAACUGUGCAGUUGACUCUUUCUCUCAUCCCAUCUUUGCCUAUCAAAUCAUCUGCUAACUCAUCCAUAACUUCCGAAGUAGUACUGCUCGAGCGAACGAUAUCAGAAGAAGUAAUGUUACACCCAGUUGAGUAUUCCAGGAUUGAAUUCCCUGAUAUCAAUGUAGUAAGUCAGAAUCAGCAAAUGGUGACGGAGUACUUUGACUUGGCAAAGCACAAGCAUGGUUCUGAAGCACUAGUUGCCUCGUUUCUUCGUCUUGGUGCAUCUCCUGAUCAGGACUAUGAAAUGAUUGUGAGUUCAUCACCUAAUGAGAACAUCCAAAACUCCUGCUUCUUAAUAUCCACCACAACAAGCUUGAGUGAUGACAGAAACAACAACUCUGCUGAUUCAAUCGUGAAAAAGAGUGGUGUGGCCUCUGCUAAUCAAACUUGUGCUGCUUGUCCAGGCACUCCAACCUCAAGGAAGGGAAGAGAAGCCUCUUCCGGAGAGGAAAAGUUGAAUUUCAUGGACAAGGAACAAAAUGAGGAAGAGAAGAUGAACAAGGAACAUAAUAAUGGUUCGGGUCAAUUUGAUCAAGUGUAUUCUGCUCCACUUGCAAAUAUGAACUCGGAGGCUGAGCAAUCUGCACUGCAACAACAAAUAGUCGACAUGUACAUGAGAAGCAUGAAACAGUUUACUGAGUCUCUGGCAAACAUGAAGCUCCCAAUGGAUCUUGAUAAACCCGAAUGUGAAGACCGCGGUGAAGUCAUUCUGAACAACAGCUUAGAACUUGAUAAAAAGGACGGAUCAAGAGUCUUUUAUGGUAGCAGGGCAUUCUUCUGAGUCUGAGUAUUUGAGUAGUAGCUAACUGAUUCUGCAAUGCAAUACUUGAGGGUACAAAUGAGUUUAUUUAGAAACAAGAAUGAUUCUUAUCUAUCGUUAACAAUCUUAGUUUCACCGAAAGCAUUGAAUUUUUUUAGAAACUUGUUUAACUGUUGCAUGAACUGCUGCUUCAAAUUCAGGUUUUGUUGUUGCAUUAAGCCAUUAACUACGAUGACCAAAUGUUGAUGCCUGCUGAAUCUGCUUAAUAGCAGUGUUACUGUAAUUCCGCAUUUGCGUUCAGGAUAGAAUUCUCUAUUUACUGCUGA